GUUCCGGUCGUACGGACGUUUUAGAGUGCAACACAAAGGAGUCACGCUUGCACGAUAUCAACACUGACAGUUGGUACAGGUUUUUGUGUGUUUGCUGUUAAGCAGUGGAGUAAACCAUGGAGGUCCUGGGAGGACAGUUUAGCGACAUGACCCCACUGGAGCUGGCGGCUCCUGUCAACACUGUAGCUGAAAAAUGGAAGUUGUUACCAGCCUUCCUGAAGGUGAAAGGUUUGGUAAAGCAGCACAUCGACUCAUUCAACUAUUUCAUUAAUGUAGAGAUCAAAAAAAUUAUGAAGGCAAAUGAGAAAAUCACAAGUGAUGCUGAUCCAAUGUGGUACCUCAAAUACCUCAAUAUCUAUGUUGGCAUGCCGGACGUGGAAGAAAGUUUCAAUGUGACCAGACCAGUCUCUCCCCACGAGUGUCGUCUCAGAGAUAUGACCUACUCUGCGCCCAUCACGGUGGAUAUAGAGUACACCCGUGGCAGUCAGAGGAUAAUUCGCAAUGCGCUGCCCAUCGGAAGGAUGCCCAUCAUGCUGCGAAGCUCGAAUUGCGUUCUCACGGGAAAGACGCCCAUGGAGUUUUCAAAACUCAACGAAUGUCCCCUGGAUCCAGGGGGUUAUUUCAUUGUAAAAGGUCAGGAGAAAGUCAUUCUGAUCCAAGAACAGCUGUCCAAGAACCGAAUCAUUGUGGAGCAGGACAGGAAGGGUGCAGUUGGAGCAUCAGUUACCAGCUCCACUCAUGAAAAGAAAAGCAGAACUAAUAUUAUUGUUAAACAAGGCCGUUUCUACUUGAGACACAACACGCUGUCAGAGGAUGCCCCCAUUGCAAUCAUAUUUAAGGGGAUGGGUGUGGAGAGUGACCAGGAGAUAGUUCAGAUGAUCGGCACAGAGGAGAGUGUCAUGGCCAGCUUCGCCCCGAGCCUGGAGGAGUGCCAGAAAGCGCAAAUCUUCACACAGACUCAGGCCCUGAGGUAUCUUGGGAAUAAAGUGCGCAGACAGCGGAUGUGGGGAGGCCCCAAGAAAACAAAGAUGGAAGAGGCCAGAGAGCUGUUAGCAUCUCUCAUUCUCACACAUGUGCCUGUGAAAGAGUUUAACUUUCGGGCUAAGUGUAUUUACCUGGCCGUGAUGGUCCGGCGGGUGAUCCUGGCUCAAGGGGACAACAAGGUGGAUGACAGAGAUUACUAUGGCAACAAACGUCUUGAGCUGGCUGGACAGCUCCUGUCUCUGCUGUUUGAAGAUCUCUUUAAGAAGUUUAAUGCCGAAUUGAAGAAAAUCGCAGACCAGAUCAUCCCCAAGCAGAGAGCAGCUCAGUUUGAUGUGGUCAAGCACAUGCGGCAGGAUCAGAUCACCAACGGCAUGGUCAAUGCGAUAUCCACGGGUAACUGGUCUCUGAAGAGAUUCAAGAUGGACCGUCAGGGAGUCACCCAGGUCCUGUCUCGUCUCUCCUACAUUUCAGCUCUCGGCAUGAUGACCAGGAUCUCCUCCCAGUUUGAGAAGACGAGGAAAGUCAGCGGACCGCGCUCCCUGCAGCCGUCACAGUGGGGAAUGCUGUGUCCAUCUGACACCCCUGAGGGCGAGGCCUGUGGUCUGGUGAAGAACUUGGCUCUGAUGACGCACAUCACCACCGACAUGGAGGACGGUCCCAUCAUCAAGCUGGCCUUCAACCUCGGGGUGGAAGAUGUGAACCUGUUGUGUGGAGAGGAGCUCUCCUACCCGAGCGUGUUUCUCGUCUUCCUCAAUGGUAACAUCCUCGGUGUGAUCCGAGACCAUCAGAAGCUGAUCAACACUUUCAGGUUGAUGCGCAGGGCGGGUUUCAUCAAUGAGUUUGUGUCCAUUUCCACAAACCUGAGCGACCGCUGCGUCUACAUCUCAUCUGAUGGAGGACGACUCUGCAGACCAUACAUCAUCGUAAAGAAGGGAGUUCCAAUGGUGAAAAACAAGCACAUCGAAGACCUGUCUCAGGGCUACAGAACUUUUGAGGAUUUCCUACAUGAAGGCCUGGUGGAGUAUCUGGAUGUCAACGAGGAGAACGACUGUCAGAUCGCCCUUUAUGAAUACAUGAUUAACAAAGACACAACACACUUGGAGAUCGAGCCCUUCACACUGCUCGGGGUGUGUGCCGGCCUCAUUCCCUACCCCCACCACAACCAGUCACCCAGGAACACAUACCAGUGUGCUAUGGGCAAGCAGGCAAUGGGGACUAUCGGCUACAACCAGAGAAACCGCAUCGACACCCUGAUGUACCUGCUGGCCUAUCCUCAAAGGCCGAUGGUCAAAACAAAAACCAUUGAGCUGAUUGAUUUUGAGAAGCUGCCGGCUGGUCAGAACGCCACCGUGGCUGUGAUGAGCUACAGUGGCUAUGAUAUUGAGGACGCUCUGGUCCUCAACAAAGCCUCACUGGACAGAGGAUUUGGACGGUGCCUUGUCUACAAAAAUACAAAAUGCAUACUGCGGCGUUACACCAAUCAGACUUUCGACAAGGUGAUGGGCCCCAUGUUGGAUGCUGCAACACGAAAACCCAUCUGGAGGCACAGCAUCCUGGAUGCUGAUGGUAUCUGCUCCCCUGGUGAGAGAGUGGAGAACAAGCAGGUGCUGGUGAACAAAUCUAUGCCGACUGUCACGCAGACACCACUGGAGGGCAGUACCCAGCCAGGCCAGCCCCAGUACAGAGACGUGCCCAUCAGUUAUAAGGGGUCAACGGACUCGUACAUUGAAAAGGUCUUGAUCUCGUCCAAUGCUGAAGACGCCUUCCUCAUCAAGAUCCUCCUGAGGCAGACCAGGAGACCUGAAAUAGGCGACAAAUUCAGCAGUCGACACGGACAGAAAGGUGUUUGUGGCCUCAUCGUCCCACAGGAGGACAUGCCGUUCUGUGACACAGGGAUCUGUCCAGAUAUCAUCAUGAACCCUCAUGGAUAUCCCUCCAGAAUGACGGUGGGAAAGUUGAUUGAACUCCUGGCUGGGAAGGCGGGGGUCCUGGAUGGGCGCUUCCACUAUGGCACAGCCUUCGGAGGCAGCAAGGUGAAGGAUGUGUGUGAGGAUCUCAUCCGUUAUGGAUACAACUACCAGGGCAAAGACUACGUCACUUCAGGCAUCACUGGAGAACCUCUGGAGGCUUAUAUCUACUUUGGACCUGUGUAUUACCAGAAACUGAAGCACAUGGUUCUUGACAAGAUGCACGCCAGAGCCCGAGGCCCCAGAGCCGUUCUCACCAGGCAGCCCACGGAGGGUCGCUCCAGAGAUGGAGGUCUGCGUUUGGGUGAGAUGGAACGUGACUGUCUGAUCGGCUACGGAGCGAGCAUGUUGCUCCUGGAGCGCCUCAUGAUUUCCAGCGACGCUUUCGAGGUGGACGUGUGUGGGCAGUGCGGGCUGUUGGGAUACUCUGGGUGGUGUCAUUACUGUAAGUCGUCCUGCCACGUCUCCUCCCUGCGUAUCCCCUACGCCUGCAAACUCCUCUUCCAGGAGCUGCAGUCCAUGAAUAUCAUCCCUCGACUCAAGCUGUCGCGCUACAACGAGUGAGCGGGACAGAGACGGGACGUGUGAGUCACAGGUUUAGAGCAAGAGUUAUAAGUUGAUUUGUGAAUGUUUGAUCGAGCGACAAACAAGCAGAAAGAAGCUGAAACAGGACUAUUUUUGUUGUUGGUUAAAAUCUGAAAACUUUUUUCCUGUUUCUUUUUUUUAAUGUUUCUUUUUUCUCUGUUUGUGUACAUAAUAAAUAAGUUGAUGUUUUUUCUUUAACUUUGACUUCUUUCAUUACAAAUAUCAAAAGGUUGCCCUUUGAGGGCAAAAUCUCCAGGAUGUCACCAACUUUAAAUUGUUUCUCUUGAAACAUGUUUUGACCGCAAGAUCUUUUGAACAUCCUGACCUGGGUCAUAUUUCCCCACUUUUUUUUUUUCUGUCUGCUUUUCUCCUGUCUAAUAAAUGUUAAGUAGGAUUUUGAAGCUGGAAACUUUGAGAUCGGCUGUAGCAGUGCAGUGUGAAGAAAACAUACCCUAGAGUCAAAGAGGUCCCAUAAUAACUUCUUUUCAGUAGAUUCACUCUUCACUGCUGAUUUAAUCACUUAAAUUCAAAAAGAUAAAAGCAGGUGCGUGCAGCUACAUGCCAGAUAUCCAACCCAAGGACGCUAUAAAGCUAAAUGGUAGAAUUAAGUGAGUGAAUCUAAUCAGUAUCGUCACCUUAAAUAUAAACUGAUCUUUGUUACCCACGAACAGUGUCCUGUAUGGCUGUAAACUUUGUCACUUACUGCAAAUUAACCAGUGUAACCUGCCCCAGCGUUUUCAUGCAACCUUUGAAUAACAUGAAAUUAGCACACGCAUUUGUUUUUCAAGGUCUUUCUCAAAGAUAUCAUUCAAAAGCACAUCAUGUAUAGAUCCACUAUCAGAUAAAUAUACGAAAUAAUAGGACAGUACAUUUGAGAUUUAGUUUUCUAGUGUAUAAAAUAUCAGCAGUCGUCCCCUUUGUGCUAACUUCUUUCUCGAGUCUUUCUCUACAUUUCUUGACACCAGUUUAGUUCAGAAACAGUUUCUGUGUUUUCUGAUAUUUGCUGAGCCGUUUGAAAAGUAUUUGACCCAACACGUAAAAAAGCAUUACUUCUCUAAUGCUGAAUUACUGUGACUGCAACUUUACACCUGCACCGUGAACACAUGAUGUGUGUGUGUAAGGGGGCCAUGGGAUGUCAUUGUUUUUUAUUACCUGAAUUAACAAAUUCUGUUGUGUUAUGCUUUAACCUGCCUUAACUUUAAAAUUAAUUAACUAGGAAUCAACUAAAACUAGAUGUGAAAACAUUUUAGUUACCUAAAAUAAAAAACUUAGUUAUUUGUUUUUCAAAACUUUAAUGAAACAAUGUUGUGAAAUUAGGAGAUUAACUGAAAAAAAACCCCAAAACAACAAAUUUAGAUGACAAUUUUGUAUAUGUUAGAUUUAUUCUCACAGCUUGUCUGAUGAGGCUUUGAUGGAUGUAUUUAUUGAGGCUUCAGAUGUCUACAACACUGUGAGACUUUUUUUCCGUAAAUCUUACCUCUGGUAUAUGUCAUAAAUACGAUACUUAGGACAAAAACUACCCUGAAAAUAAUUUUUAAUAACUGCUUAUUUUUAGUUGUAAACAAUAAAAUCUGAACUGAAAUGAGCAAACCCGCUCAGGAAACGAAAUCAAACUAAACUGGAUUAAAAUGAAAAACACAAUUAAAAACUCCUUAGAAAAUUCAAAGUAAUAAUAAUAAUGUUAUUAUAAAGUUGCUCUGUGGGAAUCGUACUGAGUCUGAGAAUUACCUGCCCAGGUGGCGGCCAUGCAAACUCAAAACACAUUAAAAAUGCAACAACAAAAAAUACAACGUCAGUAACAUGUUAUACUAUACACAAACACCCUUACCUAGUGUUGCUUUAAAGAUAAAGAAAGGGCUGUUUUCUGCAAGUGGUGACCACCAUCCUGUCAAAUCAUAAAGAAUCUGUAAUAAAACAGAGAGAUGCCUGAAAUAAAAGUGAAUGCACUGCAUCACUGUAAAUAAUGUUUUCGUUAUGA